AUGCAGGCUGGUCACACAGCAGCGAAGAUCAUUGAUGAGCUGCAAAAGCACCACGCGGAUGUCUUGCAAGCCCAGGAGAUGGGCAACAAGAUCGACGUGAGCUCGGAGAAGAGCCUGCAGCAGGGAGCCUCCAUCGCCCAGGCGAGAGCUCGACUGAGAGACCUUCUCUUCGAGCUGGACAGCAGGACCAAGUUGGAGAGCAUGAGGCUGCGAGAAGCGAUGAAACAGACUGAAGAGACAGCUAAGCUCGAGGGGAUGAAGGCGAUGCAGGAGCAGCUGAUUGCGCACGAGCGAGAGAUCCAGCGGCUGAUGGACGAGCAGGUCUCUGCGGUCAAUGGGGCAUGCCAGGACGAGAUCACGAGGAGAGGACAGCAGUUCGAGCAGAAGAUGAAGGAGGAGUGGGAUGCUGUCGCCAUACGCGGAGAUGAGCUUUCCUCCCUCCGUUCCAGGAUGCGCGAGGUCCAGAAGCUGCUGAAGAGCGAGUAUGCCAUCGAUGAGCUUCGCAACGAGCUGGCAGCACGGUACAAGAUCGCAGCCAACGCACGCAUGGAGGAGGCAGAAGAUCUCAUCCUGCGCCUUCAAGUCUUGGACAAGACGCUCGAGCAAUCGAAGAAUUCUUCCGACUGGUCCAGGAACAUGCAGAGCAUCUUCCUUGCCGUCGAGAACGCUUCCAAGGCGCUCAAGGAGGGAGAGUUCCAUCAGGAUCUCGCUGUCAUCCAAGCUCUUGCAAACGUGGACCCGCUGGUGCAGACCGCGGUUAGGAGUAUCCCUACGACUCUGCGAGAUGUUCCCAGCCACGAGCGCCUGCAGCAAGGUCUUGAGGAGGCGAUCGUGGCAGCUAGGAAGCAACUACUCGUUCCUGCCGGCUCUGGAUUCGUUGGGGAGGCAUGGGCGGCGGGGGACCUGGAGGGAGCGGUCAAGGAGCUCGGCUACCUCUCCCCUAGCACCGCCAAGCCCAUGGAGAGCUGGAUGCUCGACGCCAGGAAGGUUCUCGUGCUGCGUCAGGCCCUGACCCUCAUCCGCGCUCAUGCGCUUUCCUCCUUGUCGGCGAGUGCGUGA